UGAUCUGGGGGCUGAUAAAUGAACGAUUGUCCUCCCUGCACAUCUCUAUAACAGGUGGUGGUUGAGGCGGCUUAACAUCAGGGGCCACUAUGGGCUUUGGGCUUUCUAAUGGAUAAACGAAGAACCUUGGUGGGGCAAGGUGGGAGAAAGACGCGGACAUGUCCAAAGCGGAGGAUGGGCGUUGGAAGAACCAGGAUGAUGAUUGUUGCAUUCUUACUGUGGACUCAAGCAGUGAUGAAGAACUUGAUUACUUUGUGUCUGGAAUGAACCUGCAGAAAAGGAACAUCAGCUACGUGGUGAUCAACUCAGACUCUGACGAUGAAUACCUCUGUGAGCAAAAGAGAGCUAAGAUAGCUGAAAUACAUUGCAAAGAUGAGAUUCUGGAAGUGUCUGAUACCGAUGAGCAGCCGCCCCAGGGGUCUCCAAUACUUAUCACUGAUGAUGAUGAUGAUGAUCAUAAUGGCUUGGAGGGCCCUGUGCUAAUAGAAGAUGAUUCGUGUGACGAGGACCAAGCUCCCUCAAAUGAGAUAAAGAAGAAUGAGUUUGCUAUCUCCCUACACCAACCAUCUUAUGAUGUUGGUAAGCAGGAUCUUGGGGAAGAUGUCUGCCAGCCACCAAGUGAUGAGCCUAAGGCUGAGCUAGAGAUUUCAGUUGGAAAGUUGUCAAGUGAUGAAGAGCCUGUACGUUUGGUGGCAAAACCAAGGAAAAGGAAAAAUAAAACCAGACACAUACCUGUGACACCUGUUGUUAAAAGAGCAAAGAAGUAUGGGACUUUAAAGAAGAAACCCGGAGCAGCAAAAUUUGAAAACUGCGAGCCUGGGCAUUCUGAGUGCAAAAUACCUGGGUGUUUCUUGCGUGGCAUUGAGAACUUAAAGCAGUAUUCUGGAAAGAAUUUCAAGCAAAAUAAGGAUGAACUGGUUCAGAGAAUCUACGCUCUGUGUAACAGCUCUGUCUUUGAUAAAAAGAUGCCGGAGAAAAUUGACAUCGGCUGGAAUAAAAAGAUGCUGAGAACUGCUGGUUUAUGCACCACUGGCGAGAUUCGAUACCCGAAGAGGGAGCGUUAUGCUAAGAUUGAGAUUUCUCAGAAAGUCUGCGAUUCUGCAGACCGACUCCGGGAUACUUUGAUCCAUGAGAUAUGCCACGCAGCCUCCUGGCUGCUCGAUGGCGUCCGUGAUUCUCAUGGUGAUGCAUGGAAGUAUUAUGCCCGAAAAUUGAAUAUGGUGCACCCGGAGCUGCCCAAGGUCACCCGUUGCCAUAACUACAAGAUUAACUACAGGAUUCAUUAUGAGUGUACUCAGUGCAAAUUCAGGGUCGGCCGCUACACCAGAUCAUUGGACACCGAGCGCUUCAUCUGUGCCAGGUGCCACGGCUCUCUGGUCCUUCUGCCAUUAACUCGUAAAGAUGGAACCCCCAUUGAGCCCCAUGUGAGACCAUUUGCCAAGUAUGUGCAGGAGAAUUACAGAAUAGUCAGGAAGGAGACGGCAGGGAUAGGUCAUGGGGAUGUGAUGAGAAAGCUCAGCAAGGAUUUUACUGCCAAAAAACAAAGCCAGGUUCGUUGAGGUUAUCUGAGAAUGUAUUUGUGUGAGGUGAAUCAUCUAUUGGUAAGGAGUUUUAGAAAGAUAUCUUUGAUGUUGUGAAGUUAUGAAUAUUAGAAUUUAAAUCCUUCUUUAAAAGCUUCCUGUUGUUAAUGAUGUUUGUUCUUCACUAAGAGUUCUGUUGCUAACCAUUUUGUGCUGAUACCCAAAAGCACUUUGGAUCUACCUUGGGUCUUAUUUAGAUGCUGUAGUUUUAACAUGUAGAGCAAAAUGCAAAAGAGAAAUGAUGUCUGGAGAGUGGCAUGUUGAGAGAAUGAGGCAUGCUGAGAAGAGAACAAGUUUUAAAGACAGUACUUCAAAACCAGAGCUGCUGUGCUGUCAGAUGUAACCUGUUACACCUACCUGGAAGUGAAAUACAGACAUGUUUCAUGAGUUUAGUUGCUCUUGACAUUGUAUGAAGCCACCUGAACAAUGUAACUGUUCAUAAAAUAAAAAUAAACAAAUGUUUUCUGCA